AACAGCUAAAAUCAAUACAAGCCUAGCUCUCUGUCUAGUGUUGGAGAUAUCGAAGAAAAAAACCAUGAAGUUUCUUUCAUGGAGUCCUUCUUCUUCUUCUUCUUCUUCUUCUGGUUUUUUAGUAUUGGUGUUUGUAAUGACAAGUAUUCAUGUGUGGACGACAACAGCAUUGGUAAAGCUACCGCCAAACACUACAGUUCCAGCAAUCCUGGUAUUUGGGGAUUCCAUCGUUGAUGCAGGCAAUAACAACAAUUUCACAACCCUAGUCAAGUGCGACUUCCUUCCUUAUGGAAUGGAUUUCAAGGGAGGAAUUCCAACAGGAAGGUUCUGCAAUGGAAAGAUUCCCUCAGACAUCAUAGCUGAAGAAUUAGGAAUCAAAGACACACUGCCGGCCUAUUUGGACUCAACGGUGGCGUCUGCAGAUCUCAUAACAGGAGUCACGUUUGCUUCAGGCGGCGCAGGAUAUGAUCCCUUGACAUCAAAAUUAGCCUCGGUCAUUUCCUUAGCUGAUCAAUUGGAAUACUUCAAAGAAUAUAUAGAGAAGCUGAAACGACUUGUCGGAGAAGAAAAAACACAAUUCAUCUUAAGCAAUAGCUUGUAUUUAGUGGUGGCAGGCAGCGACGACAUAGCCAACACCUAUUUUAUUCUACGUGCUAGAAAAUUACAAUAUGAUGUUGCUGGCUACACCGAUCUUAUGGCUGAUUAUGCUUCUACUUUCGUCCAGGAUUUAUAUGAGCUUGGGGCUAGAAGGAUAGGAGUUUUCAGUGCACCACCAAUCGGAUGCGUGCCAUCGCAGAGAACUUUAGCAGGAGGAAGUGAAAGAGACUGCGCCGACGAUUACAACCAAGCAGCAACCUUAUUCAACUCCAAAUUGUCCGAAAACAUUGAUUCUCUUGCUACCAAUCUCUCUAACAGCAAGAUUGUCUACAUAGAUGUCUACAAUCCUCUCCUCGAUCUCAUCCAAAACCCUAAUAAAUAUGAUUUUCAAGUUUCGAAUAAAGGUUGCUGUGGAACUGGAAAUUUAGAGGUUUCCAUUUUAUGUAAUAAAUUAAUGUCAGGAAUUUGUUCUAAUGUUUCUGAUUAUGUAUUUUGGGAUAGUUAUCAUCCCACAGAAAGAGCAUACCGUGUUCUUGUCUCACAACUUCUUUCCGUGUACGUGAACAAAUUCUUCUGAUCCUUGAUUGAUUCUUACUCCAAUCUUGAAUUUUCUUGUAA